AUGGAAUUUUCGAAACAAAGUCCUAACAACGAUGAAAAAUUGAAUUCAUAUAUUGUAAAGCCACAAUUUGAUCAGAAAUUCCGCCCCUGGGCAGUAAGAAGCAUCAUUUCUCAGUUACUAAAGGAACGGCUGGAAAGGGAAGUAUACUCUCCUGAGAACACUCAUGAAAAGUGCAUUUCCCUGGCUGAUGAAAUCAAACGCUUAUUAAGGAAAAGUCUAUCUUUGCGACGUUAUAGAUACUUGGUCCAAGUCAUCAUUGGCGAAAAGAAAGGUCAAGGAGUGAAAAUGGCACGCCGCUGCUAUUGGGACUCUGAUACUGAUAACUGUGCAGAUGCUUCAUUUGUAAAUGAUUCGUUGUUCUGUGUUGCCUCGGUUUUUGGUGUUUAUAGCUACUAA